ACAAGAUCAGAUAUGGCCCAGACCAGUCACGUCUUGUUGGUCUACCUUGCCUCAUCCACACGGAUUCUGCUUACGUUUUAUUUUUUACAUGUCUAAUAUUUAAACUUAUAUCAAUUCUUCUUUCUACUUCAAAGAGAACAGUAUAGGUACUGAAAAUCACCAGAUGACUGGAAAUUCUCUAACAGCGGCAAGUAACUACAGUUGGUGGUUACCUAGCAAAUUUUCAUAAGCACCUAGCUAGCUAACCACGGAUCUUUUACCUACCCAAAAUAGCUUGUUAGCAGCUAGAAAACAGAACUUACCUUAUUACACGGCUCCAGCAACGCCUCUCGCUUACAGAGGUCGGAAAAUUAUAAAAUGCAUGUGUGCUUAUUAAAAUAGUGGUUACAAUCCGGUAUAUAGCACUGAACCAUACUUGCUUCUGAUCGACGGAGAUGCCUAAGGUUAACUAGUUAGCUACAAAGGCCAGGGUCAUGUAAAAAAAUUAUAGUAAUUAAACAAUGCUAAGAUAGGUCAUUUGAAAAAUGCGAAACAAUACAAAGGAGAAAUACACAAUAUAAAUUAUUUAAACGAGAAACUACAAAAACACUAUAAUAUCUACUAGUUAUUCUACUUGCUAGGUUACUUUCUACUUGUCGAUGAGAGUUUGCAUGGAGAAAUGUGGAAUUUGUUCCUACACUGCAACACUGCCUUGAGUUAUGAUGUCAAAGCUUGCUGAGGAUGUGUAAUUCUAUGAUAGCCACAUUAGCGGCUAAUUAUCAUUUCAUUUCGGGGGUAAAUACAGGCAAAUAUAUUGAUAAAAGUGAGAGAUUUACACUGUUAUCAAAACAUCACGCCAGGGUAAGCCUACAUGAAAGACAGACCUUAUUUGAAGUGGUUUUAAAAUCCCCUAUGGGAAAAAUGAAUGGUGGAAAAACGAUUGGAAACAUUUCCGUGUUUGACUGCUAGCCUAGGUUUUAUGUGUAUUAUGACUCAUAUUGUGGUACUCUACUGAAAUACUGUAGAAUUCCAUUCAUUCUUAUGGAGGACUGCACUUUCUGGGAAGUGCCAAUAUGGCCGACUGGUGGCUUCGGAGCCUCUCACUUACCAAUACAUCAGCAAUCCAGGGUGUAUCAGGGGAGAUUGUAGAAGAGAGUGCGGGGCGAAGGAGCGGAGAGGGUGUUUUCGUUUGGCUGUAACAUGAUACCAGUAACGGGAACACAGCUAUGGGACAGUAGACAUAUCCUUGAUUUCAUGCAUUUCGGCGGUAACGCUAUCUGGUUCAGUGCUAGGACGACUAUCAAAAAAGGAUGGGUGUCGCAGAACAAAUGAAUGAAGGCGAAUGAUUUUGGAAAAACUAGCAGCAGCAAUUGACAGAGAAGUUGCGCAGGCUACAUAGCCUAGGGCUAUCAGAAUAGCCUAGUAAACCGUUUUGCAUGGAGAUGCAUUCACGUCAACAGCAUCAUGAAGAAGGUGACAUAUGGCGUUUAUGUUUGUGUCGUGUCUACGUUCCUACUUUGUCUAAGAUAACACAGUGACACGGCGUUCACAGCAAGAUUUGUAGACGCAUAAAAUAAUUUCAAAGAAUCACUUCAUCGCGGACCUCAGCUUGGAGGAUUGGCCUAUUUUUACGGUAGGGCGGGGGUGAAAAAUCCAGUAGUACGCUAGUUGAAGUUGACCCCUCAGAAUACCGGGAACAUUUUCAGUGGAAUGUAUUGCUCAUUUAACUCAAACAAAAUUAUGAAUUCGAUGGUCUUUGCUGAGGCUUUGCCAUCUUCGGGUGCCUCUGCGUUCCCAGUAGGAGCGCCAGCCUCUGGUGCUAGGGUGUCUAGUGCCCUACGGAACGAUUUGGGUUCCAACAUUCAUGCCUUGAAAACCCUUAACCUGCGAUUUCGAUGUUUCCUAGCUAAAGUUCAUGAAUUGGAGCGUAGAAACAAGUUGUUAGAAAAUCAACUACAGCAAGCUUUAGAGCAAUCCCGCUACAGAGCCUACUUUAGCCGAGAACAAGCCACCCAAACGGGCUAUUUGGACUUUUUUCUGGCUCGGCCACGGGUACCCGGUACGAUAUGGAGCUUUACCCACACAAGGAGGUUUGGGGACCGAAUCGAGACUAUCCACAGCCCUGGGGUGUCAUGGAUGCAGCCGGAUGGUGUUGGAAUUCAAGUCGACACCGUCACCCCUGAACUGCGAGCCCUUUACAAUGUGUUGGCUAAAGUCAAAAGAGAUAGAGAUGAGUACAGAAAAAAAUGGGAGGAGGAGCUGUCUAAGCGCCAGCAGAUGGAGGCCAUGGUGGAGACACUACAGGAGAGUGCCCAGGAGUCUGAAGUGGUUCAGGGGCAGCUCACUGAGAAGGUGGAGAGACUCAAGACAGAGCUGGUGGUCUUCAAGAGCCUCAGGACUGACAAUAAACACCCAACCAACUUUAAAUUGUGCGGACUGGUUCAACUUACUGAAAUGUCGGACUUGGACACUGCGAUCCAGAAGAAGGCCAUGAAGGUGGACAUGGACAUCUGCAGACGCAUUGACAUCACGGCCAAGCUUUGUGACGUGGCUCAGCAACGCAACUCAGAAGACAUGAGCAAGAUGUUCAACAUGAGCCCACACAUGAGCCCCUCCAGAGCACCCCCAGAGAGCAAAGGGGCUGCAUCUUGCAGGAGGAAAGAGCGUAAGGCUGUCUACGAGGAGAGGAGUCCUGAGAUUGAAAGUGAGUCUGGUGGUGGAGAGGAGGAUGAAGAGGAGGAGAAGGAGCAGGUCGUAGAGUCACUCAACAUCACAGACGAGAUGAAACGCAUGCUCAAUCAGUUAACUUGCUCAGAUGAUAAUUCCUUUGUCACCAGGAGAGAGACGUUUGACUUUGAUGACGACUGUGACAGCCUAACUUGGGAGGAGAAUGAGGAGACACUGCUCCUCUGGGAGGACUUUGCCAACUACAACACCCCCUGUGCUGCAGCCAGUGCUGCUGCAGCAGAAGGACAGGGGGAGGGCCCUGGGCAGGCCUCUCAGGAUGGCAGUUUGGGCAGCCUGAUCGACGAGACCGAGAUGCUUUUCCAGAACCGAGAGAAGGAGUACCAGGAGACCAUGGGUCAAAUAGAGUAUGAGUUGGCUACAGCUAAGAGUGAUAUGAACCGUCACCUACAGGAGUACAUGGAGAUGUGUUCUAUGAAGAGAGGCCUGGAUGUGCAGAUGGAGACCUGCAGGAGACUCAUCAAGGGCUCAGGGGGCACCGGCAGGAACUCUCCAUCGUUCAGCUCGGUAGCGAGCAGCGACUCAGGGAACAGUGAUGAGAUCCAGGAGGAGCUGGAGAAGGACGGAGAGGCAGUAGGAGCUGACCCUUGACCCUCCGGCCCCUGGCUACCCCACCACCUGACCCGGGGAAGAUGAUGGAGGAAAUGCCUUUGUUCCUCAAUGCUGUGGUCCCCCUUUUCUUCAGCAGGUUUCCAGUUGAUCUAAGAGGAGCCCUGUGGAAACUAUUGGUGCUUCACCGGUUUACCCAUAUAGGGACGAACUUGUAUUCCACAAUAAGGUGCAGUGUUGGUUCCUCCUCACUGAUCCUCAUUGGCCUACCACUGAUCAGAGCGGUCACCCCUACUAAACACAAGUAUCUCCACACACACUCAACUUACUGUACGCCUAUGGUCAUUUUACUGUGUAUUCACCCCAGUAUUCAUCCUAACCAUGUUAAGAUCAAGGAAACCGGACAUAUUCAGCCAUUAGUGAUCUAGCAAAGCAUUCAGUGAUCCAUAGGAUAUAUUUAAGCAAUAAGGCCCGAGGGGAUGUGGUGUAUGCCCAAUUUAUUACAGUUAAGGGCUGUUCUUAUGCACGACACAACGUGGAGUUCCUGGAUACAGCCCUUAGCAGUGGUAUAUUGGCCAUAUACCACAAACCCCCGAGGUGCCUUAUUGCUAUUAUAAACUGGUGACCAACGUAAUUAGAAGAGUAAAAAUAAAUGUUUUGUCAUACCCGUGGUAUACGGGCUGAUAUACCACGACUUUCAGACAAUCAGCAUUCAGGGCUCGAACCACCCAGUUUAUAAUUCAAAAUAAGGCCUAGGUUCUAUCAGAUCCACGCUAGCCGACAUCUGCAUAGCAGUUGUUUUGGCGGUGCCUGAGGUGGAACUGCAUUAGAACUGUCAAAUCCACAAGCGGCUCCGAGCACUAUACCUAAAGCAGACAUCGCCAUUAGCCGCAGAGAGUCGCAUGAACAGAAAUUCCAUGCAGCGUUAUUUACAAGUUGGAACGCUGAACCGUGAGAUGUAAUCUACACCUGGAUUAGGCUGAUAGAAAUCCUCAUUAUUCAGUUGAGUGAUUUUCAAUUUGAGCAUCAUUAUUUCUACAUCCAGUUGAAGUCAGAAGUUUACAUACACUUAGGUUGGAGUCAUUAAAACUUGUUUUUCAACCACUCCACAAAUGUCUUGUUUAACAAACUAUAGUUUUGGGCCUCCCGGGUGGCGCAGUGGUUAA